AUGGCGGUGAAGAGAUGGACCUGUGAUGUGGACGGGCUGCUCGCUGGGAUCUACGCUUCGCCAGGCUGGGCUCUGGCUAAGGCGAUGUGUGACAACAACAUGUCUGUGAGCACCGUGAACGGAGCGCGCAUGCAAGACUGUACGCUCGAUGCGGUGUACAACCAGACGCUCAUGACUCCGACCGCCAUUCUUAUCUUCAAGUUCCGUAGCUCCACCGUGGACCAGUUGAAGAACAUCCUGCAUCUUUGGCGCACGGAUAAAACUGGGCAGUCGUCGCACGCGCCUCAAAUGAUGUCUAGCCUGGUCCUCGAGAAGGACUGGGGUUCGGGCGGCCAGAUCAUCUCGAAGACCGUACCAUGCUCGCAGAUCCCUGAGAAGUUCAAGUACCAGAAUCUGGGCGACUGCGAGCAGAUGGGCGACAGUGGUGUCCUACUUGUGUGGAGCAGCCUCUGGGUUCUGCAAGUACCAUACUUUACCACUCUUUUGGAGGGAACCUGUUCAGUACCAUACUUUACUACUCUUCUGGGGGGAACCUGUUCCUGCAAGGAGCCAAAGUAG